UGACGUCAGCGCCGUGUGCGGGAGACAGUCGGAGCGGCGUGCGCCUGGCGAGACAAAGGCGGCGGACUAGGGUCAGGGAACGGGAGGAAGAGGCAAGCUACAGCCCGCGUCUUCAGCCGAAGGUAAAUUUAUUUUACGUGGGGGAGCUCGUUUGUUUCCUUUUUUUUUGUUGAAUAUCAACCCUCUGAGCCGAGACCCGCGAUGAACGGCGUGCGGGGGACGUUACAAGACGACUUGUAGAAUCCGACCCAGCGCAGCGGCUUGUUUUCGUUUUUUUGGGAACGUUUUUCUUUCUCCGACGCCCCCAAUCUAGCGCGCUAGCUAGCCCGCUAGCCUAGCGCACACUGGUCGCCUCCUUCCCGGCUGCUUCUCAUCUUUCCUUCAGGGCUUUGCCUGGGACCACAUCGGAAACGGAAAAGAAGGGAGAAAAUAAAAGGGGUCACACUUAGCAGACAUCCUAGAUCUGAUGUGAGAUCAACGGGGACUAUGCCUAGCCCUUUAUUCCACCCCGAGAUUAUGGACCACGACAUCGUAGUCAGCAGUCAGCACAAUGGGGUCAGUCUGCCCCGGGAGACAGACCAAGAAUCACGAGAAGAGGACCACCAAGAAGCGCUCCGGUUCGCCCUGGACCAGCUGUCACUUAUGGCCCUGGAUAAGGUGGACUGUGGUGGCGGCGGUGGCGGACUGGUCGACCCGCUCGACGGAACGCAGGGACCAGUCUCCGAGAGCUGUAAUGGUGUCGGCGGAGGAGGAUAUGUGGAUCUCCAAAUGCUGGAGCAUCCGACCGGCUCCAGGGACUCCCCGGCGUCCUGCUCCCCGUCUCCGGAGUACUACGGCUCGGGCGGGUACCACAUGGCCGGCUCGCACUCCAUGCUUCACGGGGAACAAAGCUCCGUCCUCUGCAACCGAAAAAGAAGUGUCAACAUGACAGAAUGCGUACCGGUGCCAAGCUCAGAACACGUCGCAGAAAUUGUGGGACGGCAGGGUUGUAAGAUCAAAGCCUUGCGUGCAAAGACAAACACCUACAUAAAAACUCCAGUAAGGGGUGAGGAUCCAGUAUUUAUUGUAACGGGCCGUAGGGAGGAUGUAGAAAUGGCCAAACGAGAGAUUGUGUCUGCUGCUGAACAUUUCUCAAUGAUCCGGGCAUCCCGAUGUAAGGCUGGCACUGGGGCAGGGGGCUCCCUUCCUGGGCCGCCCCACCUACCAGGACAGACCACGAUACAGGUGCGGGUGCCAUACAGAGUAGUCGGCUUAGUUGUUGGACCGAAGGGGGCCACCAUCAAACGCAUUCAGCAGCAGACUCACACAUACAUAGUGACACCCAGCCGAGAAAAAGAUCCAGUGUUUGAGGUGACUGGCAUGCCGGAGAAUGUGGACCGCGCACGGGAGGAGAUAGAGACCCACAUCACCCUGCGGACAGGAGCCUUUGUGGACCUCCAGGGAGACAACGACUUCCAUACCAAUGGGACUGAUGUAAGUCUGGAGGGCCUGGGCUCAUUGAGUGGAGGACUUGGAGCAACUCUGUGGUCAAGAGCCACCAACCACCAUUCUGCACCCCCACCGCCUCCACCUCCUCCGCCUCCUCCCCCGCCGAUGAAUAUGCAUCACUCCUCUAACCGCAAACUGUCGUCCUCGGCAUCCUAUCACCCCCACAAUGGUGGAAUGAGUUCAGAAAGCUACAGCACCACCCGGAAGGCCACAGAGGGCGGGAGCCCCACUAGUCCCUUUAGCACAGGCUCCAGCAGUGCUGGAGGGUUCACUUUUGGGGGAGAAUCGACCCCAGGGUUACCCUCCUCAGAUGAGUUGGGCUUUGAGUUCAGUGCUUCCAACAUCUGGGCACCUUUCGUCAACGGUGGAGCAGGCAGCAAGACCCCCAGCUCCACCCAGCAACAGCCUCUCCGUCGUAACAGCAGUGGCCUGAGCGGUGGCGCCAUCACCCCGCGGCUCUCUCCAACCCUGCCUCAAGACACUGGCGUGGGUCCCCUGGAUCAUCCACUGGCCCGUCGGGCCCAGAGUGAUCCCCUCAGCACCCUCUCCUGGCUGCAGUCUGGUACCACAGGCGCAGGCUCCUUCUCGGGUGCCUCCAGCUCCAGCUCCGGAGGGUCGUCCACAGGCUACUCCUCCUGCUCGGCCUCCUCCUUGCCUGGAGGCUCGCCAACCGACUCUGAGGGAGGCAGCAGUGGCGUAGGUCUUAGUUCUGGCAUGCUGGGCCGACUGAAGGGUGGUCCUGGGGUUGCAGGGCUGGUUGGCGUCAGCCCCACUGUCAACAGGGACUGCUUUGUGUGUUUUGAGAGUGAGGUGACUGCAGCCCUGGUGCCUUGUGGCCACAACCUGUUCUGCAUGGAGUGUGCCGGGCAGAUCUGUCAGUCGGCUGAUCCGGAGUGCCCAGUCUGCCACACCCCCACCACACAGUGCAUCCGCAUCUUUUCCUAAUAUCCUAGGUGAAGGAGGCGGGAAGGUUGCCGCAUGGGCAAAACAAAACUAAAGUUGUCUUACUAUCUGAAAUAAAUAAAUAAAUGAAUAAAUAGUUGGAGUCAGGCAUCAACCAUGGAGGAGCGUAUGGAAGGACUCAUUAAUUACCUUCAGACACAUGGGAUGAACUUUAGCAAAUGCAUUAAUAGAGAUGAUGAUUCUAUAAGGAUGUUGAUUUAUUGCUGAUAACCAUGUCAAGAUUAAUAACAACAACAACAAUAAUGAUAAUAAUAUUAAUAAGGACUUAUUUUCCGAGUGAGAUGAAUAGAAACUGGUCUGCAGAUGGCAGACGGGUGUGGCCCAAGACAGCCUCACGGUGGGAACUUAAAGAAGGAAAUCAGUGUCUUAUCUUUCUUCAGGCCUUCAUUUUGACCCAGACCAGCGUGUUCAGUACGCCGCAGUUCAGGCUGCCAGCAGGCUGGUCUUUUCUCUGCGUUUCUUCAUUCUGGCUUCUUCGAGUCUCCUAUCUGCCUGCUUUCUCUCAAAGCCUUUCCUUUUGACACUUUUGUACUUAACAGAUAUUUUUCAAUGAAGCUGUCAAUGAGGCCUGCACUUUUCUACUCUUUCUUUUGAUGUUCUUGACAGGAUGCAAAAAAGUAUUUUAAUGAUCCUUUGCUUGCUCCUGUGUUUCCACUCAUGCUGUUGUUUGUAUCAUUAAGGGAUAGGGUUGCUACAUUUCUGUAUGUGUGAAACAUGUUUAAAGGCAGGCAUGUUGAGUCGGGCACCCAUCAAACCAAAUACCAAUUUCCUGUUUUUUUUGGGGAGGGGGGGGGCUUUUCGCUCCCAGAUAAACCGCAAUAUUCAGUCAACGCUAAUACUAAGUGAAUGGGAUUGAUAGGUUUGAACAAAACAUAUUAAUUCCAGGUCAGACCACCUCAAAUCAAAAACACUUUGCUGUACACUAAAUUAGAAUGAACUUUAUCUCCACAAACACAUGCUUGUCCCUCUUCUCACUAAUUGUCCUUUGUAAUGACUGAGAAACAUUACUGAUUGAUAACGCUGAAAGGAAUGUGUCCGAGGCCAGUUUCUCUGUACGCUUUGGUCUGCCUGACAAUCCACUUUCAUCUCGUGUCUGUCUCUAUGUUUGUUUUAGGGUACACGUGGUUGAUGCCCUGCAAUGAUUUCCACAUUGGGCUGGUUUGGCUUUUGACAGCGUAUGUCGUGAACCUGAGAAGUUCUGGUUUUUGUCCUGCUCAACCUCGUCACUCAGAGUUUAGGGAAGCAAUCCACCUAUCCAUCCAUGCUAGUCUAUUCAGAUCCUCUGUUACAAGUUAGGAUUGGUUAUUAAGUGUUUUUGUGAUAGUUUUUUCACUCUUGACUGUCAAGUGUGUGUGGAUAAGUGACUUUUUUGAAGUAUAGGAUAAGAUGGGGCUUUUGUGAUGCCGCACAUGGAUGUCUUGUCCAAUAGGGGUCUCUGUUAAGGAGAGAUGGUUGCCCCUCCUACAUAAAACAUUUAGAAGAGGGUAUAGUUAGUUUGAGCCAUCUCUUCAUGCACUGCAGCUCCCAGCCCCUCUAAAAUAAUCUAGAAAUAAAAUGGCUUGUACGGUUUUGUGUCUUUUAGUAAGUUUGGUCUUCCACCCCCACAUUCACAGCAAAGCUGUUGGGCACUCUCUCAAAUGAUAUCCUGUUCUACCCAAAACAGAGCUGUACUCCUGGCCAAAUUAUAUGCACUAUAUGGAGAAUCAUUUAUUUGAGAUUUGCCCUGUGUUUCAUAGCAAAACUGAGUAACCGCUUAUGAGGUGGUUGCUUCCUGUUCUAUUUGUGUUUUGUGCUCUCAUAUAGUGUUCAGUAAGCAUGAUUUGGAUGUUUUAGGUUUAGGUGUAGCGGUAAAUGGUUGUGGUUAGUAGCCCUUUUGAAUGGACAUGGGAAUCGACCCAUCGAACGAGACAAGCCAUGACAACAGAAACACAACACAACUGAUGCUAAAGGGCUUCCUAUGACUGCACAGACAUUACAUUUCAGGCUCACACAAUAGAAUAAUCAACUAAUCCUUUAAGGCAGCUACUAGCUAGGACAUCCAGGGCUUCCAGACACUUGUGUUAAAAUCCCAACAGCUGCAGAAUGUGUUGCUUGUGUACAUCUUUUUCCCCUACCUAAUUUAUCAGCAGAGUCAUGCCUAUACGAGUGGGUCUCACCAGGUUGCAUCCAUAUCCAAUGGAGAGGAAGUAGGCUCCACUAAUGCAUCUAAAAGUAUCUCGGCCUCCAUCGGUGUAGCGGAUCAGUAAAUCUAAAAUUUCAGCUCAUCAGAAGAAGGGUGACGCCAAUCGAGUUUACGGUUGUCAUGGCUGCAGAGUUUGAAAACCUCCUACGGGCAGUUGCUGCUGAUACACGGUGCUCCAGCCAGCCUAAUGUCAAACUCCUUUAGUUGUGCACAUCUCCGGAUGCUUGACUGUUGAUUUGCUACUUUGGUGACGAGGGCAGCAGCUUCCCCUUAGUAAUCUAAUAGACCCGCUGUCCAGGUUUGUGAAUGGUUUUAAUGUGAGUCCGCACACAGGGGAAAAUCGCCUUGGGAGCUGAACGAGCGUUUUUUGGUUCUUUUUUUUUUCUUUUUUUUUUUUCUUGAGGCUAACCUAUGGUGCUUUAGUGCAACUCCCUACUGAAACACAUUGAAGAACAAACUGAACAGUUACAUGUUGUGGUGCAGGGAUGUUCCUCCCCCUGGUUCAGUUCCUCUGUACACUGUAGAGCAGGCAACACUGUCCUCAUCUCUAUUGCCCUCACGUGGGACUGUUCUGUUAAAACUGGCUUCCAGGCUGGGGUUUGAUGUCAGACGUUGGGGUUUUGUUUUUUGUUUUGUUUUUUUGUCUCUCUGACUUCUGCAGGUUCAAAAUAGAUGCCGGACUGUGAAUGUGUCUACACAAACAGGUUAAUGACAGUUGCAUUAGUCUGUGUUUUGGCCAUCCUAAAUUCCCUUUUUGAGACCUGUCCAAGUCCUUUUGAGAAUUAAAGUUGGGUUUUCCAUGCGAGUCUGACGUAGUUUCUUAUGUUGAACCAGGAUAUCUUUUGGCCAACGGGAGAGUGGUGGGGAUAUGUAUAAUAGCUUGUUCAAAAGGUACAAAUGUUUCUCAUAUUGACUGCUGAUUAUUUUUUAAGUCACACUUAUCCCCUCCCCCCAUUCCCUUCCAAAAGGUAUGAAAACAGGGUUUCCUGAGGCAUGCUAACCUCUGACCUUUUUUGUGAUAGAAGGGGGAUGCGGAGAGAGCUGAGCCAGUGAGGGGCGACAGACUCUCCCCAAGCCUCUGCUCCCCUAUUUUGCUUUAAUUCUUUUUGUAUGCAGAACCAAAAUGUUACCGUCAGCAAACUAGGUUUCAGGCCUGAUCUGUAUGUAUAUACCCUGAAUACAAUCAUUGGGAUCUCGUUUUCAAAAGGUCCAGUGACUUAAUUGAAGAUAAGUGUAGUUUUGAAAGAACAUGUAUCAUUAUUUGUAAGUUAACCAUCUGCAUGUCUUCAAGCCAACAGGCAUUAGCUAAUUUUUAAGAGAAAAAAAAACUUUGUACACAUUUUAUUUUUACAAUUUAUUUGCUUACCUAAAUAUCCCAGACAAUAAUGUGACCCUUUUUAUUACUUCAAAUUUAUUUUUAUUUUCCAUUUUUUAAUUUUCCUUAUUUCCUGUGUACAACAUAUAGGCAAUUUAUAACAAAAUGAGAAAAAAUUAUUGAAGAAAUUUUAAAAUUGAAAUAUAUUUUAUUUGAAAGUUUAUGGACCUUUUAACCGUGAGGCGGAAAAAUUGUAUAAUCAUAUAAUUUGAGCUGACUAGACGGUUAUGAGAAAUGUAUCAAGAGUUUUAUUUUUUAUGCUUCUUUAAUAAAGUCUUGUUUUUGGUUUCAUUUUUUACUGUAAAA